AUGCACCACGGCCGCCCAACCUCGAGCGGGCUUCUCCACGUCCUCGUGUCCACCGCGCGACCACCGACACCCAUGCGCGACCGCCGUCUCGCACCUGUACCUUCGUCCCGGCUCGUCGCUCGAGCAGACGAUGGCUUCUGGACUGCCGCCAACCUCGGCUUCGACGAGGCGAACCCGACAGCACUCGCCGCCGUCCCCGUCUUCAACCCCAAGGCGGCCGGCUCGCCCGCACCCGCACCUGCGCCCGUCUUUACCGUCACCUCCGUCGUCAAGGUCGUCCGUCCCGUAACGGUCACCGAGGUCGUCGUCGUCGAGCCGACCGUCACCGCCGUCGUCGUCACGGCGACCUCGACCCUCGAGCUCCCGGUACCUGUCGAGACGGUCACGUUCCUGUCGGGCCCCUCGUCCUUCGACAGCGCUGUUCCGAACGAGCCCGAAAAGGUGUUCGGCGGCGCAUCAAGCAGCGCCUACGUGCGCGUCGUGAGCCUCGCGUCGGCGUCCUCUUCAGCAGAACCUCCUGCGUCGGCGCGCUCGCGGGCCGAGGCGUCCUCGUUGGCCGGUCCUCAGCCCGCGAGUUCGGCCUAUACGCCGAUCCUCGUCAUCCAGAGCAGCACGAGCGGCAUCUCGGAGCGCGUCUUUGCGCCGCCGACGCAGAGCCAGGUCCGGGCCGUCGUCACCUCUACGGCCCAAGCCGGCUCACCUCUCGCUCUCACCACCUCAUCGUCCAGCUCGUCCACCUCGGCCAACGUUCCUGCCACGACCUCAAGCCCGAGCGCGUCAUCGUCGUCGCCGUCCACUACCGCGUCAGGCGAGGACGGCACCUCGAGCGACAUUGGCGGGUCGUCCGCCGUCGCGACAUCGACCGUCCUGUCCGGCGGCGUUGACGGCACCGGGCUCGCGCGCACCGACCUCGUCUCGCCAACCUCGACGAGCUCGUCCUCCGCUCGGCACCCGACCCGCUCCUCGUCCAUCCUCGGCCUUCCCGAGGCGACCGGGUCGUCCUCCGUCUUCUCUCACCUCGGCGACUCGCCCGCCAACAUCGCCCUCACGACCCUCGUCUGCUUCGCCAUCAUCGCCGCGCUCGCCGCCCUCCCCGUCUUCUGCCUCUGCCGCCGACGCCGGCGCAGGCGGCAGGACCGUCUCGGUCACGCGCUCGGCAGCGAUGGCGGGAGCCCGAGCAUGGAAGAGGGCUGGCCCGUGCGCAGCCCGUCGUCCGCGCGGUGGACGCCGCCGCCGCACUUGGGCGAGCCGUGGUCGCCGUCGGGCGAGCUCGGCGAGCAGGUGCGCCAGAUGCGCGAGCUGUGGCGCGAGACGGCGCUCGGCGGCGUCGAGGUCGCGACCGAGUUUGCCGCGAGCGAGGAGGCGACGGCGGGCCCGGGCACGACGGCAGCAGCCGAGGGCGGUCGCUCGCCUGCGACCGAGACGAGCGAGUGGACGAGCUGGGUCGGCGGGCACGCGUCGACGGACGGGCACGGCAGCGUCGGGUACUUUGACCCGUCGGGCCGUCGCGGCAGCGACGCGACCGUCACGCCCGAGGUCCUCGAGCGCCGCAGUCGUGUCGCACUGCCGCACGGGCUCGGUGCGCAGCCGCACGGGCUCGGUGCGCCGCGGCAGGUCCGCGCGCCGCACCCGCUGCGCACGGCGAUGCGGCCCGAGGACUUUUCGCCGUCGACCUACUCGCCGUCGAGCGGGCACCCGUCGCAGCGCUCGCCGGCGUACCCGUCGUCCGGACUCGGCUCGCCCUUCUCGCAGCGUGCGCCGGCCAAGCCGCUGUGGCGCGAGUCGCUCGACCGCGUCAUGAACGCCGCCGCCGACCUCAUCAGCACGACGCACCUCUCGCGUGCCUCGGCCGACGGCGGCUCUCGGCGUGGGUCGCUCACGCGCCCAUUCGUCGCCGGCGGCCUGCGGCGCGCGCUCGCAGCUCGCAAGGCCGACGAGGAGCUCCUCGGCGACAAGACGCUCCUCGACGAGAAGCGCGGCGGCGAGGACGGCGGCGACAGGCGCUCGUUCGACUGGUUCGCGUCGUACCUCGGGCCUCGCGCACCUCUCGUCGGCUCGAGCGUCGCGUCGAGCGUCGCCGACAUCGAGCGGCCCGUCUCGCCGCCGAGCCCGCUCCUCGGCUACGCCCCGUCCACGGCGACCGUCGUUCCGCCCCGUCCAGCACACGUCCGCGCACCGUCGAGCACGUCGAUCUACGACGCGCGCCCCGAGUACGCUCGAGCAUUGUCGGCGCUCCCGCCGACGUUCCUCUUGGUCGCAGAGGACGACGUCGACCCGUUCGACUCGACGCACGCUCGCGCGCACACGCCGCCGCCGCCUUUCGCGUGCUCUCCCGCCUUGCCGCCCCGCACACCCACACCGUUCGCUGCGGUCGCGCUCGCGCCCAUUCAGGCGAGCCCGGCGCCCUUCUCCCAACUCGAGCCCGCCGCAGCCGUCGACCCUUUCGCCGACCCUCCCCCGUCUCCUCCUUCCUCGCCCCUCGUCGUGUCUCCCUCCUCGACGCUCGACGCCACGCCUCCUUCGCCGUCUCCCUCAUCCUCGCCUUCCUCGCCCACGCGCUCGGUCGACCAUCCCCCUUCCGACGCCGACGAGACGCUCUCCACGCUCGCGCACCAUGCCGCCUUUGCGCAGCUGCACCUCCUGCGCCGCACCGAGGCGCGCACGCGCCGCUCGUCGACGUCGGGCGCGAGCCCGCUCGUCGGGCUCCGGACGAGGUUCGUGCGCGAGAGGGAGGCGAGCGCGAGCGCGAGCGCGAGGGCCAGGCCGGCGAGCGUGGCCGUCUGUGGGUCGGCGCCGGCGUGCGAGGUCGAGCAGAGCGAGGACGAGCAGGACGACGACGACGACGUGUCGUCGCUCGCGCUUUCGGCUUGGUCGACCGCCUCGACAGCGGGCGCCGAGCGGCAGCGCCUCGCGCUCGAGCGCGAGAGGGCGGCGGUGCUCAUGCGCGAGCGGCGGCGACGGUCGCUGUGCGGCGCGGGAGCCGGGAGCAGCAGCUGGAGGGGGUCUCUCGUCGGGCGCGAGGACUCGGAUGGCGGGUGUACCGUGUGA